GUUGUGAUAAACUUAUUAAAUAGUAGCGCAUGGUAUGAGUAAUAGGAAGAGGAAACACGUGUACGCUCCCAAACCACACCUGACCAUCGCAGAAGACGCCACGGGGUAUCUGUUCACCACUCGUAAUGAGUCAUCCACGAAGGCUGCUCGGGAAGCAAUCAGACUCCUAGUCAGUGUGACGAGAGGCAGACCGAGCUGUGGGCCUCCCGCAGAGGGCAAAGGCUCACAGGUUAGCAAUCAAGAAGAUCAAACUGAAAAAGAAGAAAUUAAUGACGAGGAGGAUGAGAAAAGGAGUAAAAAGAACGGAGAGGGUAAUGGGGAUGACGACGGGGAGGAUGGCGAAGACACGGCGGAAGAUUCCGGAGAUGAUAUCGAGCAGUUGAUCGCAAGAGAGAAAGCGGAGUUCACCGAAGAGCGACAGAAACAGUCGAAGGCUGCGAGACACAUCAAGACAAUCAAGAACCACGCUUUCAUCCACUGUUUACUCACCCACGUUCAACCUCAACACUCUCUGCGUAUCUUCAUGAAAGAUUUCACCCAGAAAGAGGCCAAGUUUCUGAACAAGUGUUACCCUGUGUUUGCGGUGAGUCGCUUGAGUGAAAUUGAGAAGGGCGUGAACAAGUUCGAAGAAUCUCUCAAAGUGUUUGUGGGACAUUCAACUAUGGAGCAAUCUGGAACAGAGGAUGGACCGAAGGAGGGCUUCUCUCUCGAAGGAAGUAAGGAGUUCAGCUGGAGUGUGUGCCACGAAGUGAAGAACUCCGACUUCUUCAAAUUUGACUCCCUGACUGUGCCUGUGAAACAGAUGCUCUGGCGCCUCUUCCCUCUCAGCCAAUCAGUGAGUGAGCCCAAACAGGCAGACCACGUGAUCAAACUGAUGAUAGUGAAACAGUUCUGCUACUUCUCUUUUCUAUUCAACUUCAACAAGUAUAACAAGUAUGUCUUGUCAUCGCCCCACGCCAAUGCCAACUCCUCAAAACUGUCUGCGAAGUUGGAUUGAAAAUAUUUCACUGUUGAUAGUUUGUUACUGAUA